AUGAAUGGGAAGGCUGUGAUAUACAAGAAGAAUGACAAGAAUAGGGUGAGGUUUGCUUGCAAGCAAGAAGAAUGUAGAUUCAUUGCAUACUGUGCCAAUAUAAAAGGGACUUCAACAUACAGGAUUAAGACACUUAAUCCUGAUCACACAUGUGGAAGAACAUUCAAUAAUAGGGCAGCAACAACUAAGUGGAUUGCAAAGGUCAUUGAGGACAGAAUGAGGAAUUCUAAUGGGAUAAUGCAAGUCAAGGAGAUUAUUCAUGAGAUGAGGACAAGGUACAGUGUUGGUGUCAGUUGGGGGACUGCUUGGAAUGCAAGAAAAAUUGCUAAGGAGGCUGUUGAGGGAGAUGCCCUAAAGCAGUUCACCUUGAUAACAUCUUAUGCAGCUGAGCUCAUGAGGGUGAAUCCUGAAAACACAGCAGCUAUCAUUCUGAGAUAUAUUCCCACCACACUUCAGCCUAGAUUUGGUUGUUUUUAUAUGUGUUUGGAGGGAUGCAAAUCUGCUUUUAAGCUCGCUUGCAGACCAUUUAUUGGGAUUGAUGGAUGUCACCUCAAAACCAAAUAUGGUGGCAUCCUUCUCAUUGAUGUGGGAAGGGACUCAAAUGAUCAAUACUUCCCACUGGCAUUUGCAGUGGUUGAAGCUGAGUGCAAAGAAUCUUGGAGAUGGUUUUUGAACCAUUUGAUGCGGGAUAUUGGGGAUAAUGUGUUUGCUGAGGACUUUCCUGGUAUAGAGCACCGCUAUUGUGUGAGACAUUUGUACGCAAACUUCAAGCAGAAGUUUGGUGGAGGAACUGAGGUUAGAGACCUGCUGAUGUGGGCAUCCAAAGCAACAUAUAAGGAGCUGUGGGAGGAGAAAAUGCAAGAAAUCAAAAAAAUCAAUGAAGCUGCUUACUGGUGGCUGAUGGCAAUCCCUACGAUACAUUGGUGCAGGCAUGCUUUUUCUUAUUUCCCUAAAUGUGAUGUAACCAUGAAUAAUUUGGCUGAGGCUUUCAACUGUACCAUUUUAGUUGCUAGGGACAAACCCCUUAUCACAAUGUUUGAAUGGAUUAGGAAGUAUUUAAUGACCAGAUUUGCUACUUUGAGAGAAAAAAGUAAAAAAUGGAAGGGUAAUGUGAUGCCUAAACCUAGAAAGAGGCUAGAUAGAGAGAUAAAGUAUAGUGGUAAUUGGGUAGCAACUUGGGUUGCUCAAGGUCUAUUCCAAGUUGAGCAUGCUGGUUUUGAAGACCAGUUUAUAGUUGAUAUAGAUAAGCAAUCAUGUACCUGCAACUAUUGGGAAUUAAAUGGAAUUCCCUGUAGACAUGUUGUGGCUUGCUUCAAUGAUAAGGGUCUUAAGCCUGAGAAUUAUGUGCAUCAAUAUUACCUUAGAGCAACUUAUGAAAUUUGCUAUGGGCACAUGAUUUCCCCAAUUAAUGGUGAGAAUAAAUGGCCAAAGAUGAGUCAAGAUGACAUCCUUCCUCCUGAGAUUAAAAGAGGGCCAGGAAGGCCCAAAAAAUUAAGGAGAAGGGAACCUGAUGAACCAGAUAAGAAGAAUCCAACCAAAUUGAAAAGAGGAGGUAGUUCUUACACAUGUGGUCUUUGGCUCUAUUACAUCACAAGAUGUGUCUGCUUCUGCUCCAUCAACUCAAGAAGCUCCACCACCUCCACUGCCGCUUCAAGAGCAAAAAAACAAGCUCCACCACCUGCCACUAGAAAAGCCAAAAAACAACCAACACCAUCUCAGCCUGCUGCAGCUGCCAUAGCUACAAAUCAAGCACCACAACCACCUCCAGCAUCUCCAGCUGCAGCUGUCAGAGCUAGACAUCAAGCACCACAACCACCUCCACCAUCUCCAGCUGCAGCUGCUAGGGCAAGACAUGAAGGACAACCUGCUGCUAGAUCUGCAUCACAACCAAAGAAGCCUGCUGCUACUAAGCCCUCCAAGCCUGCUGCUCAGCCCUCAAAGUCUGCUGCUCAGCCCUCAAAGCCUGCUGCACAACCCAAGAAACCUGUUGCUGCUGCUCCUAAUCAAAGGGGAAAAAAGAGAGGGGCAGACAAUGAGAUUUUUCAUUGGAUUCCAGGAGACCAAGGAAAGAAGAGAGUUAUCAAAAGGAGAAGAUGGAUCUGA